ACCUACUUUAUCCAGCAGGAGAGGAAGAAACCUCCCACAUGGAGAUGGAGCCAGGAAACUGUGGUUGCUAAGCAAGUUUCACAUCCACGGUGCAAAGUUUGAAGACGUGUAGCUCGGCUGCUGCUGUCUCUCUGUGGGCUGUAAUUAAACUACAAACUACACAGAAACUACUUUAAAACACAUCUUCCAACGUGGACUCAACACUGACGGUGCAAAGAUGUCUGUCGCGGGAUUUAAGAAGCAGUUUUACAAAGCGAGUCAGCUGGUGAGUGAGAAGGUUGGAGGUGCAGAGGGAACCAAACUUGAUGAAGACUUCAAGGACCUCGAGAGGAGAGCAGAUAUUACCAGCAAAGCAGUGGUGGAAGUCAUCAAUAAAACAUCAGAGUACCUCCAGCCCAAUCCAGCAACGAGGGCUAAGCUUACCAUGCUCAACACAGUGUCCAAAAUGCGCGGGCAGGUCAAGAGUCCGGGCUACCCCCAGCCUGAGGGUCUCCUGGGGGAGUGCAUGACUAAGUAUGGACGGGAUAUGGGCGAUGACAACAACUUUGGUGGGGCUCUAGUAGACAUUGGGGAGUCAAUGAAGAGGAUGGCUGAGGUCAAGGACUCUCUGGAUAUCGAUGUGAAGCAGAACUUCAUUGACCCACUGCAGGCAGUCGCUGAGAAGGAUAUCAAAGACAUUCAGCAUCACCUGAAGAAGCUGGAGGGCCGCCGUCUCGACUAUGAUUAUAAAAAGAAACGUCAAGGUAAAAUCCCAGAAGAGGAGCUCAGGCAGGCCCUGGAGAAGUUCCACGAGUCCAAAGAUUUGGCUGAAGUCUCCAUGCACAACCUGCUGGAAACAGACGUGGAGCAGGUGAGUCAGCUGAAUUCUUUUGUGGAGUCUCUGCUGCAGUACCACAAGCAGGCCUCGCAGGUCCUGGAGGAGCUUUCUGACAAACUGAAAGAAAGGGUGAAUGAUGCUCAGGCUCGUCCAAGGCGUGAAUUCACACCCAAACCCAGACCAGCCUAUGACUAUGGAGAGGUAGAAAACUCCAACGGAGGAUACUCACCAUCUGCAACGACCCCUCCAGCUUACUCUGCCGCAGCCCCAGCACAAUAUCCAGCCUUCCAAAGAACCUCCAUCAAGAGCAGACCGUCUGAGUCAUGCUGUAAAGCCCUGUAUGACUUCGACCCAGAGAACGAAGGAGAGCUGGGCUUCCGCGAGGGCGACAUCAUCACCUUGAUCAAUCAAAUCGAUGAGAACUGGUUCGAGGGAACCAUCCGCGGCAAAUCAGGAUUGUUCCCCCACAACUAUGUUGAAGUGGUAGUGCCUCUGUCACACUGAAAACAGCAAGGCAAGAGGGGAACAGCAGGAUGGAGAGCAUGGAAAGGGGGCGGUGGGGUGGUAAUGGAUUAUCAACUCUCAAUAACCAAAAUAUAUCUUUUCUUUAUUGUAAUUAAAAGGUAAACAUCGCAGGACAGGGACCUAAUUUGUACCUAGGAGUUAUUUGAGUAAAGUGCUUUUUUUUUAUUCUGUCAAGAUUUAAUGGAUUUCAAAGACGGAGGGAUGUUCGGUCAGAAAAAUGAUGGCGUAUUGUUUGGGUGCAUUAACCAUAUAACGAGUAUUUACAUUCAUUCUCUAAGCACCUGUGCACUUUGUACACUACACCUCCGUCACCGGGACUGAUGAAGAAAGAUCUGUAAUGACAUGUCCAGCAAACACUAAGAAGUGCAACUACUCUUUUCUUAUAUUCUUAACCUAUUUUCUAUUCACAAGAUGACAUUUCUUGUUCUAUGUAUUGUUCAUAUUGGUACUGCACACAUGCAUGUAUAUGCAUGCAUUUCUCCAAACACUGUUUUCUACACUCCCAGUUUUCACUCCUGUGCCUUUGGGCUUUAGUACUGUUGUCAUCGUGGACUAGCUAGAGCCAACAUGGAGGACUGGCUUCCUUCUGUUUAUGUUUGAGACUAUCCAACACUGCCAUCUGCUGGUCCUAAAGAUCAUUCUUAGCUAUUGGCACUGUCAUACGGCCUCUAUUAUAUCUUUCCAAAUCCACCUUGAGUGGCUUGUCUUAUGUUUUAGUAUGGAUUUUUUUCUCUUCCAAAUAUAUAUAUAUAUAUAACUUAAAAAAUAGCUGGAGCCAGUCAGCAGGUAACAUCGACUGACUGCUGUAUUAACUUUUUUCAUUUAAUUCACCUACAGUCCUUUCCAAUGUUUCUCAACACACUCCAUUCUCUUCUCUUAUAGCUGAUCCACACAUUGGACGAGACUGCCGUUUGUCAUUAAAAGGAAACAUUUUUACAUCCUCAUGCGCGCAAUGCUGUAAAUCAACUUAAAUGUUUGAGACGAUUAUACGCAAACAUGUUUUCCCUUUUAUUUACUUCACAUUUUAAACAAGUAAAGCAGACAUCUGUUUCCAUUUCAGUGCAGCCCACAACAGUGCAACCAAAUAUUUUGCAGGAAUACACCAAAGCCAUAAUAAGCGUCCUUCAGUUCCUCUAUUUUCUCAGGCUGUAUUGAUGCUGCUGGCAGUGUCGCUCACAAUGUUUUGUGGGCUUUUUAACCCAACUGUUUGUCGAUGAAUUUUCAGUCUGUGAUUUGCUUUCCCCCACAGUGCUGGGGUAAGCUUGGCUUUAGUAUUCUAACCAAUAAUUUGGAGCAUGGAAAUUAAUCUGAUGUGUGUUGGGUGUUUUUGUACCUGCCUCAGUUUUGAGGCUGAAACUGUGCACCAGGCCUGACAUAAAAUGCUCCAUAACUAUCUCCAAACUAUUGUUACUAAUAAUGAGGAAGGCCUGUGCACAAUAGCCAGUUUCAGUUUCAAUUAAGUCUUUUACAAGCUGACUAUGAACUGUGAGGGUUUGUGCUGCUCACUAAAAGACCCAACUUUCUCCUCUUGUCAUGAUCCCCUUGUUAGACCGCCUCCCGUCCCACUCAUCUCUCCCAUCUCUGUUAAAACUGGGAGCGGAACAGACAGGUCUUUUCAGCAGGGAAGGGCACACAGCAGUGGAUUAUGCCCUCCCUCCCCCACUGCUCUUUAUUCACCACCUGCCCCUGUACCCCUGCCCCCUAUCUUAUUAUCUGCCCCAUCCCAAUCCCAUUGUGCCUCUGGAGUCUCCUGGUCCACUGCUGGAAUAAUCUCCUCAUUGUUAUCAUAGUAUGUGCCUCUUAAAUGUAAUGUUUUGCAUGUCUCCUAUGUUAUUCAUGUUAUGUAUAGGACCAGGGUCCUUCAGCUGUGCUGAGCAGCAACUGUGUGGUUCAGGUGUGGGUUUACAUGCCUCAUUACACUAAAUGAAAAGCCUGGAGUUUGAGAGGGGAGAAGAGGGUCAGGGGUUCAGGUUGAGCUAUUAUACCGCUUGUAUAAUAUUGAUGGAUGAUGUGGAACAAAGGGCUAGGAUCAAUUUUUGUGUGCCGCUGCUGUCACAUCUGAAAUAGUUGUUCGAAUGCUGCGGCUGACAUUUAUGCAAACACUACAUCCUGUGACGGCUCGUUAAGUGUCUCAACUAUGCAAUAUUGACGAAUGAAGUAUUACCAGACUUUAAAGCUUUAUUUUACUAUGCACAAUCUUAAAGGAAUUUGUCUGUGUUAAAAUGUAAACUGCUUUGCAUGUGUCUUCAUUACAGCUUUCUGUGUCUUACGCAACGCCUUAUUUUUGUAACUGUGACACUGUGGGGAGGCUAAAAGUGGGAUUAUCCUGGAUUAUCUUUAGGAUAUAUGGAUUACCUCUGUACUAAAUGUAAUCUUCCAUGUAUUGUAUAUUUUUGUCAGUAUGUAAAAGGGGAAUGGAUGCUGCAUUCGCUUUCUUCAAAUAAAUAUGAUAUAAUUUGG